AUGCAACCUACGACCUCAUUCUCUACAAAACCGGAUGGACAUGACGACGGUUCCAGUUUUGGCAAGCUAAUCGAACAAAAACAGGAGGCCGAGCAGAAGCAGUUGCAUCUUCUUCAAAUUCUGGAUUCCGAACGUCGAGCAAAAUGGCAAUACGUCAAACAAACGGAGGAUUUGGCUGCCGAAGUUAGGAAGCUCAAACUGGAGGUAAAGUUCAGCUAA